AUGGAAAGCGUCGAAGUGGUGUGUGUAGAGAUACAAGAAAAUGAAAACGGUGAAAUCGUAUACGUUGAGAAAAUGGAAAACAACAACAGUACAGAGUUUCCAGAAGAUUUUUGCGUUAUGGAAUGUGAAAUAGCUACUACUGAAAACUCAUCUCAAUCACAUUGUGAAGAAUCUGAUUCAAAUUCUCCUGUAGAAAUUAUAGUAUUUCCAAACUUUAGUGACAAAUUGCCUCAGUGUGUGACAAAUGAGGAACAAUCAGAAGAGGAGGACACAAUAGAACCUGACAAUGAUUAUAACAUGACUUUAUCUGGUGCUGAGCUUGCCCUGCAUAAAGACACUCAAAGGUUCAUUGAAGACACAAAGACAAAUGAUGAUUUUGACUUUGUACUGAAAUUGGCAAUGCGGAGUGAGUCCAAUGGACUCGGUGAGCCUACAAAGCUCCCUUUUGAGAAGGUGAGAAUCAUUGAGGAAAUUUCAGAGGAAUCGGAAGCUGCUGUGGAUAUAAAGAAGAGUAAACUGUGGACACUAUUAGAUAAGCAGGACAAGUGUAGCUCUGCUUCAAAAAGAAGUGAGAGGACAACUGGUUCUGUAGAUGUUCGAAGAACUUAUAGUGGUAUUAUUCCUAAAAAACCAUAUAGUAAAGAAACUCACAAUGGCUGUUUCUCAGAACACCCUUUCAGAUGUAAAAUAUGCGAUCAGAGUUUCCGUCAGGAUAGUAGUUUAAAAAUACAUCUCAAAGUUCAUGCAGGAAAAUUUUCCGACAGCUGUAUUAUUAAUUGA